CUUGAACCGUUUGAGCUAAUCCUCGAGAAGUCCCCAACAAACGCUCUCUCCCUCUCUCGCUGCUCAUCUCUCUUCCUCUCCCGCUACCUUUUUCGAUUAGGGUUCCGAUCCCAUUUUCUUCUCGUCGGGAUCUUCUUGGCUUUGUUGCCGAGAUGACGGUCGAAGAUGACUCCGCGUCGCGGCCGUGGUUCGCGGCGUGUCGGGGGAGUCGGAAACGGAAGAGAAGCACUGACGCGGUGCUGCAGCAGCGGCAGGCAAGUCCGGUUGUUCCGCCUUCCUCUGAUAUCGAAGAGUAUUACUCCCGCGCGUACUCGCAGAUCAAGGAUCAUGCGCGUAUGGAAGCGUACAGAGAUGGUAUCUUGAGGCAUCAACCUUUAAUUUCUGGAAAGGUUGUUUUAAAUAUUGGUUGUGGUACCGGAAUUCUUGCCAUCUUUUGUGCUCUUGCUGGUGCUACACGGGUGUAUGCAAUUGAUGAAAGUGCUCUAGCAGUGCGGGUUGGUGAAGUUGUCAAAGAAAACAAUUUAUCUGACAGGAUGACUGUUCUACUUGGACGAGUCGAGGAUGUCAGCAUUGAUGAGAAGGUUGAUGUCAUAAUAUCUGAUUGGAUGGGUGAUAUGCUUCUACAUAAGAGUAUGUUGCCUAGUAUCAUUUUUGCCAGGGAUAAAUGGCUCAAACCAGGAGGGUUUAUUUUUCCUUCACAUGCUUCGCUCUAUAUGGCACUGUUUACGGAUGCUGAUGGAUACCAUGAAAGCAUUGAUUUCUGGCAUGAUGUUUAUGGGAUCAAUAUGUCUGCUGUGCUGCCACUUGCAAAAACGUCUGCUUUUGGAGACACAUACACUGAGACAAUUUCAAAAGCAAGUGUGUUGACAUUGCCAAUAUUGGUUAAACAAGUGGAUUGCUACACUAUUACGAUUCAAGAUUUUGAAUCUGUAACUAAUUUUAGUGUUUCAUCAUUGUUGCAAGCUCCACUGCAUGGGUUUGCAUUUUGGUUUGAUGUCUCCUUUAGUGGAUCUGCAACUUAUUCUCCCAAUCACCAUUUGCAACUUCUCCCGGAAAUUUCGGCUGACCGACAAGCACAAGGUUCUAGCCACAGUCACUGGGAGCAGGUGCCUGGAGAAAUUCUGCUAUCCACUGCACCUGGAGAAGCUCCGACUCACUGGGAGCAGACUGUGCUGUACUUGUACGACCCAAUUGAGUUGAAGCAAGAUCAGAAGAUGGUAGGUUCAGUAUCACUAUCUCUGAUCACGGAGAACUGCUGGCUGUUAGAUAUUCACCUAGCACACUCCACAGGAGGACUAGCUCACAUAGAAACGACUAUAAUGCUAUGAGACAGUUUGAUUUGUCAGGCUCUCAUGGGACCUUCUUUAUCUUCAUGGAGCUGAAGGACUGACUGGCCCUAGGGUUGCUUUAUCUUCAUCAGCUGCUUUGUGUAGUGUGAUGAAUUGAAUCACAGUUGGUGACUUUUUUAACUGUAAUUUCAACUUGUUAUAUCUCAAAUUUGAAACUAUACAUUGCCGCUGGAUUUUGAAGAAUGAAAGAUAGCAAUGAGACUGGACACGAUUGUGUUGUUUACGCCGAGUUAUAACAACUGAGAUCUUUUACAUUCUGAUGAAAAUUCAAUUAGAUGUGACUCUUACCAUA